GAAACGGCCUCCCUUUCCGUAGAUCUUCAAACGCAAACAAAAAAAAAAGGUGGGGGGGGGGGCAAAUAAUUUAAGGGGUCUGAUGCAAAGAAUUCAUAUUCCUUUUCCAACUCAAAACAAGCGCAGAUGGCGUCUGUAAUUUACAGGUGACAUAAGAAUCGAACUAAUCAGCUGAGCGUCUCCGUGGAGACGCUUUAGGGUGGGGGUGGGGGCACUUCUGACAUGCCGUCGACCCGAAUCGACGGAGACUGGGACCGAGCGGAAUGUUCUGUCCUGCGGCAGCCAGACGCAGGUAUUCUCGCCUCUUUAUCGCUACCGGUCGGAAGCUUCGGCCCGGUGUCCGCGAUCUCCUGCGACGUGUGAGGCCGACGUCGUUGGCAUUUCUCCUUUCCGCGCACGCCUCGCGAUGAUCCGCGAACGAGUCCCACGUCCAGCCCGGCCGGCCAGUGAUUUGCGCUCGGAAGCAACAGUUGGACUGAAAGGAAAAGGACCGAAGCGACCCGCGGCGUAAUUUGGCCGUCGGGAGCGUCUCUUUGUUGGUUUGCUGUCGUCACGUGCGGGGGUCAAACUGAGAAUCCCAAAUCUCCCCCGAGACCAGAAGGAAGGCCGAGAGGGACAAAGGCCGGUCCCCUUGGGUCAAGCUGGCCGGCACCGCCAUGGCGUUCACCUUCGCGGCCUUCUGCUACAUGCUCACCUUGGUGCUGUGCGCCGCCCUCAUCUUCUUUGUCAUCUGGCAGAUUAUCGCAUUUGAUGAACUGCGCACAGACUUCAAAAAUCCCAUCGACCAGAGCAAUCCCACCAGAGCGAGGGAAAGAAUUCUCAACAUCGAACGGAUCUGCAACCUUCUUCGCAAAAAAAAAAAAGCGGAACCCUGCGCUGUGUUUUGCGCCCGCGCUAACGCGUUGUGUCACGUUCAGCUGGUGGUUCCGGAGUAUUCCAUCCACGGACUCUUUUGCCUGAUGUUCACGUGCGCCGGCGAGUGGGUGACGCUGGGCCUGAACGUCCCGCUUCUCUUCUACCAUCUGUGGAGGUUUUUCCACCGGCCGGCCGACGGGUCGGAGGUCAUGUACGACCCGGUGAGCGUGAUGAACGCCGACAUCCUCAACUACUGCCAGAAGGAGUCCUGGUGCAAGUUGGGCUUUUAUCUGCUCUCGUUCUUCUAUUAUCUCUACAGGUACGUUCAACUCGCUCAGUUUUUCCUUUCAAUGCGCCCGAGGCUGCAUUUAUGCUGGGGGGGGGGGCUUGCUUGUACAUUUCCAACUACAUUAGCAACUUCGGGAGUUCGGCAUUCAAAUGGCUCCUUGUUGGACCGGAGAUUGUUUCCCUGUCCUUUGGUCCCGACCGGGGUUUUCCUUAGUCCCGGCUGUCCUCGUUGGACCGGAGAUCGCUUCCCUGGAUUGAAAGCGACAAUUCGGGUGUUCUGGACGCUUGAAUGGAAGCAUUUGCCAGUAGUCCUUUGGUCCCGGGGGCCCGACCGGGGUUUUCCUUAGUCCCGGCUGUCCUUGUUGUACCGGAGAUUGUUUCCUUGUCCUUUGGUCCCGACCGGGGUUUUCCUUAGUCCCGGCUGUCCUCGUUGGACCGGAGAUCGCUUCCCUGGAUUGAAAGCGACAAUUCGGGUGUUCUGGACGCUUGAAUGGAAGCAUUUGCCAGUAGUCCUUUGGUCCCGGGGGCCCGACCGGGGUUUUCCUUAGUCCCGGUCGUCAACUCUGCUCUCGCGGGUGCUUCCAGGAUCUCGGGCGAACCGCUCAACAGUGUCCCGUUCCCUCCUACAUUUUCGUAACCUGAACCCGACCUGUCGGCCCAAACCGUGAUCGCGCCGCUUGAAAGAGUGUAAACGCAGCCUUCCGUCCAGUUGCCACGUGGCGUCUCUCUUUGUGUUUCUUCAUGGUUGUGUUUUUUGUUAUCAAGCAUGGUCUACGCCCUGGUGAGCUUCUAGGGGAUCCUGGCGCAGAAAGGAAGAGGAAGGAACCGCCUGGGCUUCCUCCUCCCACCUCUCAAAACAAAAGAAGAAGAGCGGCGUCGUGAAUGUAAAGCCGUCGCCCCCGAUCCAUUUUUAUCGCUUUAUCGGGACGGCAGAGGUGGCGUUUGUCCUCUUGCCUUUUUUUUUUGGGGUUUUGUUUUUUGCGCCUCGUUCCAGACCUUGACAAGGGCUCCGAAGGGCUGGAGGACCGCAAUCCCGAUCCCACGCUGCUCUUUUGCCGAUCCGCGCAGUCUCUUGAUUAUUAUUCACUGUGACUUUGCAAACAUUCCGCGUGGGCUGCCGCAGAAAAUCUUUUUCUUUUCCUCUGUCGUCUUUGGCGCGCAAAGUGAGCGCAAGUUUGGUAUUUUUCUGUACUUUGAUAGACAAAUAACUAAUACUCGAGUUGUUUUUCUGCUGUGUUGUGGGGGGAAAAUGGAGAGUAGGUAAAAAUCACAAAACUUUUGAUCGAGACGCUUUGUUGUUCGGCGGUAAAGGCGAGGGGCAUAUUCCCCCCCCCCCCCCCCAGUCUACAGAAACUGCCUUAUUUCCGGUUAAGUUUACAUAUUAGCCUCCUCGUUUUAGCACACGUACGACAAGCAAUUAAAUGUGGUCGAGCCGGCGCUGCGGCCUUUUGAAAAUCAUUUUUCAGCAUCGCAGUCAACGUUCAACAAAUAGUUUGUGAAUGUGAUCAGCAAUAGUAGGAUUGACGGCGAAAUGUCCAAAUCGACAUUGGCGACGUUGCCGUCUACGAGAAUCGUGAGUUGCGUUGAUGGCUUUUAUUCUGAUUGACAUUUCCGUGAUGAUGUUAUUUUCUCAAUAAUUUAGCCGACAUGUUAGUUAUUGUCCCUUCUCAGUUCACGAGAGUAAAAAGAAGCCUUUUCUUGUAUCAGAUACUUGAUUAAAUAUAUCCUUGA